AUGUGCUCCCAUUCGCUCUUCCUCCUCAUCAUGCUCGUCCUGCUCGUCCUGCUCGUCCUGCACGGAAGGCACCUGCUCUGGUCGGAACUCAAAAUGAUGCGAAGGGACAGACCAAGAGCCACGCGACAGUUGCCAUCAGCCCAUUCCAGCGCAAGCACCAGUGCACCAACCCAUUCACACUCCCAGGUUCAUACCUCCCCGCCCUCGUACGAUAGUCUCUUUGGAGAAACAGACCUCGAAACCGUUCGCGCCCAGAAUCCUCCAAAAACACCCCUGAAUGCACCCAUACCAACCGACUCGCCCAUCGAGGAAGCUUACUUUGUUGCCGCCACUGCGCUCAUUGACCUGUUCAGAACCAGCCAGGACGAGAUGUACCCUUUGAUGACCGUUGCACUGGAGCUCCUCUCUAUGCUUGAUUACGAGCAUGACUGCGGCAGAAUGCGACUUGAAAUCGAAACAGAACGAAAAGGGCUGGUCAAUUUGAUUGAUGCUGCUGUUCGCCAGUCCUUGGCUCAGGCGCCGCCUCCCAAGUUUUUCAAUCCGCACCAUGAACUGCAAUCUGCUGGACGGGAGGAGGGUUAA